AUGGAUAAGAUAUUAAGUCUUCCGCGGACUUUGAUAAUAUAUAGAACUCAUUCAGACCUCAGUCGUCGACGGCCAACACGGUAUUGACUCCGACGCCGCCAUGGUUCGGUCCGUAGAACCACUAGUUGUUGGCCAAGUGAUCGGAGAUGUGCUUGACAUGUUUACACCGGCCACCGAGUUUACAAUCCGUUGUGGCGACAAACAAGUCACUAAUGGCUGUAAUGUCAAGCCGUCCGCCGCCGCAGAGAAACCCCAUGUUCAGGUUCUUGGUCUUCGGGCUUCUUCCAAUUUAUACACCCUCGUUAUGGUGGAUCCUGAUGCCCCAAGUCCAAGUGAACCCAAUUUAAGAGAAUGGCUCCAUUGGUAAUGGUUUAUUUGAUUAUGUACCUAACUACUUCAUUUACUUUUUUCAUGUGAUAUAGUAUUAUUUAAAAACAAAAUAUUAUGUAGUUCAGAUUGUAUAACUUUAGUUAUUAGAUAAUGUGCGUAAUUUUUUUUACUUAAUAAUUUUUUAUUGAAUAUAUGUUGUAAAAUAUAUUAAAUUACAAGUG